CCCAAAAGGUAAACUGUGUUUUCCUUUGGUCAUAAAACUAAAAUGUAGUGUUCAAAAUUCAGAGAGAGAUUGGGAGAGAAAAAGAGAGAAAAAUUUGGAAGAGAGAGAGAGAGAGAGAGAGAGGGGGGGGGUAGGUGUAAGAUUUGACCGAGCCUACCACAGAAGAAGAACAAGAAGAAAAAAGGCAGCCAAUUCCAUCCAUUCUCUGAAACUUCCUAACACUUCACCCUCAAUUCUCCAAUUUCCCAACAUAUAUACCCACCCACCCCCUCCUUCCCAUUUCAGCUCCAAGCUCCAAUUCUACAGACAAACAAUCGCCGCCGCCACCUACCACCGGCAGCCGUCGCCACAACCACCGCCACCCGAAACAUCAGUCACCACAAUCCCAACCAUGCAGUCCCUCACGCCCCCUGCUUCUGCUCCGGCCAAUUACCUCAACUCCCACAAAUUCCCCACUCGCCCUCCCUCCGCCGCCCGCCUCCCCCACUCCCGAGGCUUCUCCGUUCAAUGUGCUUACCGGUAUGACCCUGUUAGCUUCCCCAACGGCGUUGGCUCCAGCCGUGCUGACUGGCAGAGCUCCUGCGCCAUCCUCUCCAGCCAGGUCGUCUCCCAAGAACAGCCCACCGAGCAAUCCAGCGCCGAUCAUAUAGCCUCUGUCAACGGUCACAACACCAGCGUUGAGAAUCUGAACCUUGUCCCCAUCGGAAACCUCGCCGACAGCAACGGGUUGAAGCCGCAACCCAAGCCGCUCACGAUUACUGACCUGGCUCCGGCUCCGAUGCACGGCUCCAAGCUCCGCGUCGCCUACCAAGGCGUUCCCGGAGCGUAUUCUGAGGCGGCGGCCGGAAAAGCGUACCCUAACUGUGAGGCGAUCCCCUGCGACCAAUUCGAGGUGGCUUUUCAAGCGGUGGAGUUGUGGAUCGCCGAUCGAGCGGUUCUUCCGGUUGAAAACUCUCUCGGCGGUUCGAUCCACAGGAACUACGAUCUCUUGCUCCGCCAUAGGCUUCACAUCGUCGGAGAGGUCCAAUUACCAGUCCACCACUGUUUAUUGGCGUUGCCAGGGGUGCGAAAAGAGUACCUGACUCGCGUAAUUUCCCAUCCCCAAGCCCUAGCUCAGUGCGAACACACUCUCACCAAACUCGGCCUAAACGUCACACGCGAGGCCGUCGACGACACCGCCGGCGCCGCCGAGUUCGUGGCGAUGAACAACCUCCGCGACACGGCCGCAAUCGCCAGCGCGCGGGCGGCGGAUCUAUACGGCCUCGACAUCGUGGCGAACGGAAUCCAGGACGAUUCCGGGAACGUAACGCGAUUCGUGAUGCUGGCGAGAGAGCCGAUCAUUCCACGCACAGAUCGGCCGUUCAAAACCAGCAUCGUGUUCGCUCACGAGAAAGGAACGUCGGUUCUGUUCAAGGUGCUGUCGGCGUUCGCGUUCAGAAACAUCAGCCUGACGAAGAUCGAGUCGCGGCCGCACCGGAGCCACCCGAUCAGAGUGGUGGACGGCGCCGACGCCGGCACGGCGAAGCAUUUCGAGUACCUGUUCUACGUCGAUUUCGAGGCGUCCAUGGCGGAGCCUAGGGCUCAGAACGCCUUGGCGGAGGUUCAAGAAUUCACUUCCUUCCUCAGGGUAUUGGGCAGUUAUCCUAUGGACAUGACCCCAUGGAGUCCUUCCCGUGAGGAUUAGCAAUUUUUAUUUUUCCUUUUUUUUCUUCUUUAAGAUUGUUUAAUCAUCCGCCGUUGAUUCCCCUUCUUAUUUUUUGGACCACCAAAACCAAGAUUGAUAAAAUUGUAAUAAUUCAAUUUCCAUAAUUUUUCUUUUC